UAUCAGCUCGACGCGACGCAGGCUGGGGAAGUUCCACCACUAAAAAUAGAUCUACAAUAAAUAAAGAAAAUCACCGGUAGUUGCAGUUUGGCACUGACUGAAAUUGAAGUUCAAAAAGGACGCAUUUGAGCAUGUGUGUAGCCAUGUUUCUUUCUUUGUAAUGUCGACGUUAGGAGAGGAGAAGGGAUCAAACACUUCGUCGGUUUGCUGCAGAUAUAGCGAAGCUCAGAUCGGCUCAGGAUUUUUGGCAUCGGGAAUUCGUAAUCCGCACCCUCGGAAGUCCUCCGGCCGGUUGACAAGCUUCUCAGGCUGAGUCGUGGAGUCUAGCUAUGUGUUGAUGUUAUUGACACAUCUUUAUGGCUUGGCCUUAACGUAGCUCGCUCAGUGCCAGAGAGGUUGAAGCCAAAGAAGUUGCAAUGUCUCCAGAAUGUUGAAGGGACUUUCCCGUGUCACCAAUCAUCAGAGGUUCAGACAUAAGGAAUUGGCCAUUAUCACCAAACAGUAAGAUCUGUGUGCCAAGGAUGCCCAGUACUGUCCAGUGUAGUCUGACUUGGUAUUACCUCCAAGUGUGAGGCAGAAUUCCCCUGGAGAUUACAAGAUGUUGCUUGCACAGUAUUUUGGAUCUUAGACUUCACCACUAGUAAGCCAUUAUUAUCGCCGCGGUUAUAAUGUAGACCAAUACAGGAACACGUUUUUAUGUAGGAUUGAAUAUAAGCUGAUAGAUGCAUGAUGAAUCGACCUCACUCAAAUAAUUGCAAUAAUAUUGUUGUCACAGAGGCACAGUUCGACACCCACCCUUCUCAGUUUCUGCAUAAAGUCAUGUCCAAUGGAAGCCCUGAGAAUUCUGAGGAUGCACGUGUUUCUGUUGACCACGGCUACAGUUCUGUCGACCGUGAAAGCUCGUUGGAAUAUCAUCCCAGGUGUAUUCCCAAAUCUCCACAUCAUGUGGGUCAGUCUCAAAUGCCAGGAUCAGUUCUGGAGGGGCCCUUCGCUAAAGAGUCAUAUCACAUGGUAGAUCCCAGGCAACAAACUUUGCAGAAUGGAAACAUGGGCCCUCAUACUUCUCCAAGAUAUCCAGUUCAAGGUGAACCUAAGCAAUUCUUUGAUUUUAGGAAAACCUCAGAUGAUUUUCAAGGGCAAAUACCUACCCUGAACGGACUCUCGUUGACUUCUAACUCGGACGGUUAUCAGGGUAAUUUGCAGAAUGGCUAUCCUGACAAAUCGCCAACUCAGAGUUACUCUGCCCGAUGUGCUCCUUUCCGUUAUUCAUAUUCUGGGGAGGCUGUAGAUGAAACACAGAGGCAAGAUCCAUUCACUACUAAUGGACCCCCACUGACACCCAACACUCAUAGUGGUCCAACAAGCCCUAGACCGCCACCGGUCAUUCGGAAACAUUCCUCAUUUACGAGACAGAACGCCAUCGAGGAGGAAGUAGAUGAUCAUGAUGAGCUCAAUGAUUCUGGGUUUGGGUCCAUGUGCAGAAAAGCCAGCUAUGAAAAGCCAAGGAGAAGCCGCUCCAGGGAUGUGAGCGAUGCUCCCAAUGAAGAAGUCAACAACAAUCUGGCCCCUAGGAAGCUGCAGAGAUCGCAGUCAAGUCAGGAGAGGACUGACAAUGAACUCGCCCAGUUCCAUGCAGAGAAACGUCGGUGUUCAUCAGAACAGUUGCAACGGAGCAAUGGGAGCAGUGGAUAUCAUUCUGGUAAUGGUUACCAGGGAGAUCUUGCCAGAUCCUUGAUAGCCAAGUUUGUUGAUCUAGCAAAAGGAACAUCUGCUAAGUCAGCAACAUCCACAGAACAUUCACCUACAUCAUCAGAGUAUGAUGACACAGAGGUAUUCAUCGGUGGAUUAAGAGAUAGACUCAAUUCAUGUAAGUCAGACAGAUGGGUAGCUGAUGAGGUUCAUAAGGAGAUUUUGUCUGAUCCAAGCCUUACAAUGAAACACGAUCUCACCGGUGAGGAAUAUCGUCAGCAGAAGGAACUGAUAUUAUUGGAGGUUUUCCGGUAUGACUUGCAACCUUCCGAACCUACCUCACCUGUGCUCUUCAAUGGCAACCUGCCAUCUUCACCACAAAAUGACAAGAUUGUGAUGGAUCUGCCUGAAAGAUCCUCUGAGCUAGAGAUUAGUCCUGAUGGAUCAAGUCAAUCUCAAGAUGGUAUUGCAGACCCAAUCCGGGUAUGGUUAUAA